AUGUUAGACGUCGACGGUUUGAUGCUAGCGUCAUCUAUUGGUCAAUUUGUCAAACUUAUAAUCAGUGUGGUAGCAGUUGCUUCUUAUUUCGUGCAUAAGAGCGUCCAUAAGAGAGGUGCGGUGAGGAUUGUUUGGGAUUCGAGGAAUGGGGAGAUUAGGGAUGGCGGUAAUUGGGAUGAUGACAGGAUCGGGACUCAUGAUGGCGUCUUCCACUGUGAUGAAGUACUCGCAUGCUACAUGCUCAAGCUUCUACCGCAGUAUAAAGAUGCAGAUAUUGUCCGGACACGAGAUAUGGCGAAACUUAAUGAUUGUGACAUCGUAGUGGACGUUGGGGCUGUCUUUGACCAUGCUAAGAAGCGUUAUGAUCAUCACCAAAGAGAGUUCAAUGAAACUCUUAGCUCCUUGAGACCAGAACUUGGUGACAAGUAUAAUAUCAAAUUAAGUUCAGCAGGACUGGUGUACACCUAUUAUGGUGAAGACGUCAUCAAGCAACUUGUGCCAAGUGAUUUACCCUUAGCUGCAAAAGACCUUGAAGUAAUAUACAAGAAGGUUUAUCAAAAUUUCAUUGAAGAAAUUGAUGCUAUAGAUAAUGGAGUUCCAAUAGCUUCUGAGGAACCAAGAUAUAAAAUACGAACUCAUUUGAGCAGUAGGGUAGCACGGUUGAAUCCUGAAUGGAAUUCUAAAUCAGUUGUCAAUAUGGAUGAAAUAUUUGAAAAAGCGAUGGUGUUAGUCAGUGAAGAGUUUCUGCAUACUGUGAACUACUUCAUGAAAGUUUGGCUUCCCGCCAGAGUUUACGUCAGGGAGGCAUUAGACAACAGGUUUGAAAUACAUAAAUCAGGACAGAUUGUUGAGUUUACCGAAAGAUUCCCUUGGAAAGAACAUUUAUUUGAUUUAGAAGAAGAAAUGAAUAUUGGACAUGAAAUUAAAUAUGUUAUUUUUAAUGAUAAACCGAACUCUUGGAGAGUGCAAGCAGUACCUGUCAAUCCUACUAGCUUUGUUACCAGAAAACCUUUGCACCCAAAAUGGUGGGGUGUGAGAGACGAAGUGCUGAGUGAAGUAGCAGGAAUAGCGAACUGUGUAUUUUGCCACAGUACUGGAUUUAUUGGUGGCAACACUACACGAAACGGUGCAUUCGAAAUGGCCGUUGCUAGUUUGGAAUCAGAAACCUAGUCAUGUAUUUUUAUUUUUUAUACUACAAUAAAUAUACUGACACAUUCAAAUUACUUCUGGUGUUGUUCUUUGAAGGUAAGAAUGUAAUUCAAUAGAUAGUAGAGUUAAUCGUCAAAGGAAAUUGAAUAAUGGUUAAACACAGUGAGUAUAUACGGAAGAGGGGUGAAUGUGAAUAAAUGUUAGGAAAUUAUUGUAACCUCUAUUCACCCCAUUCGUGACCUAUUCAUCCUUUGAAUUCUAUUCAGACCGUUUUACGGUAAUGUAUAAAUCAUUAUUCUUUGAUCAAAAGUGUGAAACGUUUGUAAACCAACCGUUAGGGGAGAUUGGAACCUUGUCAUUUCGGCUGUGUGCGGUCUGUUUCCAUGUUUUAUUAUCAAAGGAAUGUCACAUAAAACUCCGAAUUAGGUAUCUAUAGAGAUAAAUACAAUUGAAGUGUCUGUUUGUAGUUAAAACAACCACUUUAUAAUACA